AUGUGCCCAUCUGUGCCUUCGUCUUUGCCUUCGAUUUCGCUUAGUGGCUUCCUGGCCAACCUUGAUCCAUAUCCAUCCCCUCUGAACAUCGAUUCGCCUGCUCCUGACAAUUCCGACGUGUCGGCAUAUUCAGUGCUUUCUCCUGUCGCCUUGGCCUUCGACUCCUCGACCAGCGAGGUGACUUGGCUAGGGGUCCCGGUGGGGCGAUUGAGGCUAACCGGGUGCCUCUAUGUGAACAGCGACUGCGAGAUAGGUAUUCUGAAUACCUUGCUACCAUUCUUCACAAACCGCACAAGGUCAAUUGUCGACCCUGCGGUUAUCACCGGCGCUUUUACCUAA